UUCUCCUCAUUCGUUCACGCAGAGGGAGAGAGAGCCCCCGUUCGAUUUUAGUCGAUCUCUGUCGCUAUGAUCCGUCAAUCGUCGUCGUGCCUUCGGCUUUUGAAGAGGGGAGGAUCCCUCCUCUCUGCGAAUCGAUCUCGCUUCAUCUCGUCGGCGGCGGCGGAUGUGCCGGCCACCGCAACGGAAAAUUCCACCUUCAUCGAGGCGUGGAAGAAGGUUGUCCCCAACAUCGACCCACCAAAGACUCCGCUCUCUUUCAUGACCCCACGACCGCCCGUUCCUUCCUCCAUCCCUUCCAAGCUUACCGUCAAUUUCGUGCUUCCUUACCUGUCGGAGCUGUCGGCUAAAGAGGUUGAUAUGGUCAUAAUCCCAGCUACAACUGGGCAGAUGGGUGUCCUUCCUGGGCAUGUGGCAACCAUUGCAGAGCUCAAGCCUGGAGUCCUCUCUGUUCAUGAGGGGAAUGAUGUAAAGAAAUACUUCAUUAGUAGUGGUUUUGCAUUCAUCCAUGCCAACUCCUUUGCUGAUAUAGUUGCAGUAGAAGCGGUGCCAAUUGACCACAUUGAUUCAAGUCUGGUUCAGAAGGGUUUGGCAGAUUUUCAACAAAAGCUGAAUACAGCAUCAACUGAGCUAGAGAAGGCAGAAGCACAAAUUGGCAUAGAUGUUCACAGUGCCCUAAAUGCUGCCCUUACUGGUUAGCCGUGCCCGUUUUUCUCCCUAGCUCUUUGAACUCUUACCUGCCAAAACAACUAGUUCAUCUUUUUUGCUUGAUGUGUCAUUCCUUUUUAAGCUUAAGAAUUCUGCUGCCUUCUCCCUGUUGAAUAAUUGUUUGGGAAUAAGAAAAAAACUCACAUUUUGUA